AUGGCUUCCGACCUUUCUUCAUUGCUGAACUCGUCAAGAGCUCUGAAUUCGCAUCUUUCACGGCCUGAUCUUCCUUCCGUCAACCUUUCACUAGAUCAGAUAGAGGCACAGUCACGUCGGCUCGUGUCACGACAACCUGGAGCAUCAAGCGAUGCUGACCGAGCAAACUACCUUUUGGCACAGGCCCAUGUUGACGCUCCUGCCCUUGCUAACUCUAUCGCACACUUGAAUACCUCGACAACUUUCUCUCCCCUCCAGCCCCUCCAAGAUACAGAUGUUGCAGGCUAUCUUCGUCAUGCUCACGAACAGAAUCUUAUCUCAACAAUAGAAGAAGGUCGUAGGGAAACCCAGGAGCAUUUUUAUCGUCUGCUUGAGGAGCGCAGCCAUAAAGAUUGGGAGGCCAAAAAGAGACGCGUGUUUGAAGAGCUGGGAGGUCGUGCUACCAGUGAUAGCAAAGCUCUUGCUGAAAUGAAAAAGAGCUUCCAUGGAAAGGCAGCGCUAGCGGCAAGCACAGGACCCAGUUUGACUCUCCAGAUGCAGAGUAAGAUGAUGGCAUAUGACCGUGCAAUCAGCGAGCUGAACGCUGCAAGGUUGCGCGGAACAUCUUGUCCCAUCAUCCAUCUCCUUAUGCAAGCUGCUGCCAGCUUAAACUCAGAGCCUUCCUCGCAACAAAUAUUUCAAAACUUCCAUGUGCUUGCAAAGAUCACUGGUGAACCCCCUGCUCUACCCCCUGUGGAGCAUGCAGGUGCUCACAUCUUGAACGCCCCGCUUUUCGAGCGCAAAUACGCACGGGUAUACCUUGGGGAUAGUGAUUCCCGGGAGGCUGGAGCUCUGCGGACACAGAUUGCCAAAGGCUCACGAGAGGCGCUUGAGGACCAGUUUUGGGAUAUCAUUGAACGCACGAUCCAGUCGAGACCUAUGGAAGCCCGCCUUGGAGGAGACCCUAGUGUAGGAAACAAAAUACGCGCCUUCCUGCUCAUGAGAUAUUACAAAAACGGGCAGUGGGAAGAUCGGAUAGAGCUUGUUGCUGGUCAGCCUUUGUGGGCUAAGCUGUACUACCUUGUACGCACCGGUCACGCACAAGAGGCCCUUGAUGAAGCCUUGAAGUCGCAGCAAGCUAUUGAAAAUCGCGAAGACAGUUUCAUGAGCCACUUCCGCUCAUGGGUCGAGUCACCAGAAAGACGGUUACCCAAACCACAUCGUGACCACUUGCAAACAGUAUACAAUGCGCACAUGUUGCAUUCUGCAUCUGCAGAUCCGUUUAAGCUUGCACUCUAUAAACUCAUGGGCAAACUCGAGCCUUCACGGCGAACAGUAUCACAAGUGACAAUGACGACCGAGGAUUGGUUGUGGUUCCAGCUUGCAAUGGUUGAUGAAGAGGAAGAAGGUGGCCUCCGUGGACUCACUGAAGUCCUCCUGAGUUAUGGAGAGCGCCACUUCGACGGUGCAAAGAAGGGUGUGUGGCCUGGUGUCCUGCUCAUGUGCGGCCAGUUUGAGCGUUCUGUGGCUGCACUAUGGGAGCACCCAGAAACAGAAAUCGAAGCUGUUCACCUUGCUAUCGCGCUUGCAUACCAUGGACUUCUACGUGUCCCGUCUCGUGCUGAAACAUCUGACAUCAGUCCCUUAACCUUGUCCCCACUCUCACCUCCCGCACUCAGCUUGCCAAUGCUCGUUUGGCGAUAUGUACGCCAGUUCGUUAAGAUGGACGCGAAAGAAGCGCUGCAGUAUGUCUACUGCGUCUGUCUCUCGGCGGAUCAAGGCGACGGUGUCGGCAGAGAAAUUGUAGAGACCGCUUGGGAGCUCGUGAGGCGCAUCAUCGUGCUCGCUCACUCAGGUCCCGCCUGGGAAGAGCUUGUCGGUGGAUUUAGACCCGAUGGCACGCGUUUCAGCGGCAUCAUUGAACAGGGCGCUGCCCUUCUCCAUCUACAAAAUACCGCCCAGUACAACGAACAGAUCCUCAUCCGUGCCGCCCGCGAUUCCGAGGAAAACGACCGUAUUCCCGAGGCGAUCAAGCUCUACAACCUCGCAGGGGACUACGGCACUGUCAUUUCAUGUCUUGCCCAGGCACUUGGCAACACCCUGGCGCAGCCAGCAGGUGAAACCGAUAAAGGCAAAAUCAUCGAACGCACGGCUGUUGAGAUUUUGAGACAUUACGAGCGCACGAACCGGGCAGUGGGCAAGGAUCGAGAUGCUGCUGUAAGACUGUUGCGCAUCAGGGAAGCGCUCAAUGCGAAGGGCUCUGGGCGAUUUGAUGUUGUGCUUGAGAUUAUGGAGUCCACGGAUCUCAUUCCUCUCGAUGGGGAUGUUGCAAAGAUUACUCGGAAGGCCGAGGAAUUCAAGGACUUGCACGAUGCCUUGCAACGUAAUCUACAAGUCUAUUUACCGCUCACAAUGGAGGCAUUAGCGGCAGUACACCAAUCCAUCAAAAAUUCUGCUACAGCAGAAACUACGAGGCAAAUGACAUUGACGACGCUUAGGAAAAAAUCGAGGUCGGUGAUGGUGUUUGCUGGUAUCCUUAAGUACAGGAUGUCGCCUGAUGUGUACUCGUAUCUGGCGAGAUUGGAUGUUGAGAUUGCUUUAUAA